AUGAGCGCUAAACUUGACGAUUUGGCAAAGGAAGGAGAGAAAUUUCAAGCACAACUGGUAGCUAUUCAAAAAGAAUGUGAGAACAAGACAUGGCCAUGGUUAUGUAUUAGUACGCGCGUAGAAUCACUUGAAAUAUACGUUAAAUCAUGGAGAAGCUACGUAGAAAGACUAGGGAGAACUGAAUACCGGGAAAGUUCUGUGGCCAAGAAGAAAAUUGAGCGCUGCAGCAGUCGAUCGUUGAAUGCGUUCAAGAAGGCACUGAAUUCUUACAACCUUAUCGCUCGACGAUGCAUUGCUACUCUGCCUAUAGGAUCUUCGACAACUGCCCAACCGACUCCUACCGAACCUACAACCACUAUUGCUGACGAACCUACUACUGCACCUGCUUCCACCGCAGCUCCGGCACCUACUGUUGUACCUACAACCACCGCAGCUCCGGAACCUACUACUGCACCUACCACCACCGCAGUUCCGGAACCGACUGCUGCAGCUACCACCACCGGUGUUUCGGAACCUACUGCUGCAACUACCACCACCGCAGCUUUAGAACCUACUGCUGCACCUACCACCACCCCAGAUCCGGAACUUACUGCUGCACCUACCACUACCUCAGUUCUGGACCCUACUGUUGCACCUACCACCACUGCAGCUCCGGAACCUACUGCUGCACCUACCACCACCGAAGUUCCGCAACUUACUCCUGCACCGACUACCAUCGCAGUUCCGGAACCUACUGCUGCCGCUACCACCACCGCAGCUCCGGAAGCUACUGCCGCACCUACCACUAUCGCAGCUCCGGAAGCUACUGUUGCAUCUACCACCACGGCAGCUCCGAAAGCUACUGCUGCACCUGCAAUUAUCGCAGUACCUGAACCUACUGUAGCACCUACUACCCCUGCAGGUGUAAUUUCCGUAGCACCAUAA